AUGAAGUCUAUUUCCAUCCUCUCCGUGGCUCUUGCCGCGCUGGUCUCAAACGUUUCCGCCGCCGGUGUGACUGGUACACCCGAGGGCUUUGCCGCCGAAGCCACUGGUGGAGGCAACGCUGAGGGAGCCUACCCCAAGUCCACCGACGAGCUGGUCUCUAUGCUCGGUGACAGCACAACCCGAGUCAUCUUCCUCGAUCAGGAGUUCGACUUUACCGGAACUGAGGGAACCGCCUCCGAGCAGGGCUGUGCUCCUUGGGGCACUGGAGCAGGUUGCCAGCAGGCCAUCAACAAGGACGGCUGGUGCAACAACUACCAGGCUGAUGCCCCCAAGGUCGACGUUAGCUACGAUAAGGCUGGACUGAACCCUAUUGUCGUCAACUCUGACAAGUCCAUCGUUGGUAUCGGUGCCAAUGGUGUUAUCAAGGGCAAGGGUCUUUACAUCAAGGGUGCUAAGAACAUCAUCAUCCAGAACAUCCACAUCACUGAGCUCAACCCUCAGUACGUUUGGGGAGGUGAUGCUAUCCAGGUUGACGGCUCUGAUCUUAUCUGGAUCGACCACGUUACUACCUCCAACAUUGGCCGCCAGCACAUUGUUCUCGGUACCAGCGCUACUAACCGAGUCUCCAUCACCAACAACUACAUCAACGGUGAGAGCAAGUGGUCUGCUACCUGUGACGGUCACCAGUACUGGUCCAUGUACUUUACCGGUUCCAGCGACAUGGUCACACUCAAGAACAACUACAUCUUCAAGACCUCCGGCCGAGCCCCCAAGGUUGCAGGAAACACCGUCCUCCACGCCGUCAACAACUACUGGCAGGGUAACUCCGGCCACGCCUUCGAGACCAGCGACCAGGCCAAGAUUCUCGCCGAGGGUAACCUCUUCCAGGACGUCAAGGCUGCCAUCGAGCAGGGAUCCACUGGUGCCAUCUUCUCCAGCCCCGAUGCUGCUGCUAAUGCUGCCUGCUCCAACGGCGUCGGUCACGUCUGCGAGGCCAACAAGUACGAUAACUCCGGUUCUCUUUCUGGUAUCGACUCGAGCUUCUUCAGCACCUUCAGCGGCAAGGGCGCUUCUGCUAAGCCUGCUUCUUCUAUCACUGGCCUUGCCACCAGUGCUGGUUUCGGUCAUAUCUAA